CUAUGUUAUAAUGUGCACCAAUAAAUUUCUCUUCGAAGUUGUGUGAUACAUUUCUGGCUAAACGAUCUGGAGACUAGAAUAUACCCGGACGUCACUCGGGUUGAGCACAGUCAGCCAUCGCUGCUUCGAAAACAUGGCGGAAACAGGUUCCAAGCACGUGCAGUUCCUGGCCGCUGUGACAUGCAGUUUAUCUUUAUUCGCGGUUGGUGCUAUGACGGUAUGGACGAGUCCGGUUCUUCCUAACUUAAUGAAAGGUGAUGGACCAUUGGGGUCACCAAUUAGCAGCGAUCAGAGUUCAUGGAUAGCAUCUCUGGAAUCCUUUGGUUCUAUUCCUGGCAGCUUCAUAGCAGGAUACCUCGCAGACAGAUGGGGCCGUAAAAGAGCGUUGCUGUUGUGUAUAGUGCCGUUUUCAAUUGGAUGGAUACUUCUUGCCACUGCAAAUCACGUUGAACAACUUUAUGUCGCGCGGUUUAUACUUGGAUUGACUAAAUCUAUCCCAUUCGUGACCUUUCCCAUGUAUUGUGGCGAAAUUGCUGAGACUUCUAUCAGAGGAACAUUAGGCUCUUUAAUGGAGACCUUUAACGCACUUGGAGGGCUAUAUGCCUUUGCUAUUGGACCGUUUGUCAGCUACACAAUUUUUUGCAUUGUCUGUGGCAUCCUGCCAGUGAUUUUUUUCGUUUGCUUCAUGCUAAUGCCCGAGUCUCCAUACUUCCUUCUCAGAAACGGUCGCAGAGAUGAUGCAGUCGCUUCUCUAACAAAGCUCCGAGGCAAAUCCAAAGCGAUUGUUCAGAAGGAAGCCGAUGAAAUACAAGUCAUACUUGAUGAGAAUUACAAGAAUCAAGUUAGUAUCUCAGUCCUGUUCAAAGUGAAAGCGAACUUUAAGGCGUUGAUCUACACGUGUACAUUACUUACCUUUCAACAGUUGACUGGUAUCGACAUGAUUUUAAUGUAUACUCACAGCAUUUUUGAAGCUGCCGGAGGUAGUGUUCCCAGUAAACAGGCACCGAUUAUUAUCGCAACUGUGCGCGUGUUAGCGUCAGCUGUGACACCCGUAAUUAUCGAUUGGUCAGGUAGAAGAAUUCUCCUAAUUUUCUCUGGCAUCGGCGAAACAAUCAGCUUGUGUGCCUUGGGUUUGUACUUCUACCUGAAGGACGUACAGCAUGCAGACGACAUAGUAGACCAGAUAGCCUGGUUGCCGGUGGUCGCGCUCACCAUCUUCAUCGCUACGUACUGCAUAGGUUGUGGGCCAGUUACAUGGGCGAUAAUAAGCGAAAUAUUCGCCUCGAACGUUAAGGCUAAGGCUUCCGCUAUAUCAAAUUCCCUCCUCUGGUCGUUAUGCUUUCUCAUAGUCAAAUUUUCUAGUAAUAUUGACGAAGCGUUUGGCAAGUACACAAUAUUUUGGACGUUUGGAGGAUUCUGCUUUCUCAGUAUUCUUUUCACGGUGUUCUUUUUGCCUGAAACGAAAGGCAAAUCUCUUCAGCAAAUCCAGGACGAACUUAGUGGUGUGACUUGGAUUACAGAUGUCGAGAACGGAACAAAGAAGUGAGGAGAAAGCACUCACGUCCGAUUGUAUCUGACAAACGGUGUACGCUGACAAUCUAAUAAAUUCGUUAGACUUUGAAGAAAUUAUCUAUAUAAAUAAAAAUGUAAAAUGUUUGUUCCUCA